CUGCAGAACCUGGCGCCUACAAGCACCAUGAGCGGCCGAGUCGGGGACCUGAGCCCCCAGCAGCAGGAGGCGCUGGCCAGGUUCCGGGACAACCUCCAGGACCUGCUGCCCACCAUGCCUAAGAAUGAUGAUUACUUCCUCCUGCGCUGGCUACGAGCUCAGACCUUUGACCUGAAGAAAUCUGAGGACAUGCUCCGGAAGCACAUGGAGUUCCGGAAGCAACAGGACCUGGACAACAUCCUUACAUGGCAGCCCUUGGAGGUGAUCCAGCUGUACGACUCGGGCGGUCUAUGUGGCUAUGACUAUGAGGGCUGCCCCGUGUGGUUCGACAUCAUCGGGGGACUUGACAUGAAGGGUCUCAUCCUAUCAGCCUCCAAGCAGGAACUCAUCCGGAAACGUAUCAAGGCUUAUGAGUUGCUUUUGCGGGAGUGUGAGCUGCAGAGUGAGAAGCUGGGCAGGAAGGUCGAGACGAUGGUGAUGGUGUUUGACCUGGAGGGGCUGAGCCUGAAACACCUGUGGAAGCCAGCUGUGGAGGUCUACCAGCAGUUUUUUGUCAUCCUGGAAGCAAAUUAUCCUGAGACAGUGAAGAGUUUAAUUAUAGUUCGAGCCCCUAAGCUAUUCCCUGUGGCCUUCAACUUGGUCAAGUCAUUCAUGAGUGAGGAGACUCGAAAGAAGAUAGUGAUUCUGGGAGGCAACUGGAAGCAGGAGCUGCCAAAGUUCAUCAGCCCCGACCAGCUGCCCGUGGAGUUUGGGGGGACCUUGACUGACCCCGAUGGCAACCCCAAGUGUCUGACCAAGAUCAACUACGGAGGUGAGGUGCCCAAGAGCUACUACUUGCGCAACCAGGUGAGGAUGCAGUAUGAUCACAUGGCGACCGUGGGUCGUGGGUCCUCCCUGCAGGUGGACAAUGAGGUCCUGUUCCCUGGCUGUGCGCUCAGGUGGCAGUUUGCAUCUGAUGGGGCAGACAUCGGUUUCGGAGUUUUCCUGAAGACCAAGAAAGGAGAGAAGCAGCGAGUAGGGGAGAUGAUUGAGGUGAUGCCCAGCCAGCGCUACAAUGCCCACCUGGUGCCCGAGGAUGGAAGCCUCACCUGCCUCAAGGCUGGCGUCUAUGUCCUGCGCUUUGACAACACCUACAGCCUGAUGCACUCUAAGAAGGUCAGCUACACUGUGGAGGUGCUGCUCCCUGACAAGGCCUCCCAGGAGAAGAUGCAGGAUGCCAAGGAGACAAGAUCAUCCCCAGAACUAUGAAGACCCUCUGUGCCAGUGCUCUCCAACCCCCUUUGCCCCCCACUCCCUUUCCCCUGCUCUCCCAGGCAGGAUGGUGCUGGAGGUGACCGCAGAGAGUACUCAACCCACAUGUCCAUCUCAGCUCCUCAUGGGACCACCUGGCACAGUGGCCAAGCAGAAAGGGGACACCUAGUGCAUAGGCCAGCCUAAGGAUUCAGAUGAGCGUUUUUAUCCUCUGUUUGAAAAGACUGAGAAUGAAGACCCUGAGGAUGAACCAGCAUCCACGGAGGAAGGAUCCUGUCCACCGAAGUGGCCCUGAGUCCCUCCUGACCUGUCCCAUGGCUCAGCCACACCUGGCACCCAGGCUUGGGGGCUUAAGCCCUAGGCCUUGCAGGGAGCACAGCCUCAGGACCUAAGAUCAGGGAGGCCGAAUUCUCUGCACAAAUGGGCUCAGCAGGGAUGGGUGGGACCAGCUAGAGGGACAGGGUAGAGGGACAGGGCAGGGACAGGGUAGAGGGACAGGGCAGGGCUGAGGGUGUCCCUUCUGGCAGAGCCUCAAGGCCCCUCCAGGGUUGUUCUCCUUCCUUUGGAGGGAAAAUCAGAAAUGGAGAGCAAGACCCAGCAGGUAUAUCCAUCAGAAGACAAGGUCAUGCUCAGCCUUACACAGAGCUGAGUGGGUGAAGCCUGAGUCUCCAAGGGAUUCCCAGUGACUCCCCUUCCUCCCUCCCCACCUGCUGUGACCAGCUGACAUUCAGCUCGGGUUCCUUCUGUCUCAGGGUGGGGGCCAGCACCGAAGCAGAGCCGGAGUAAGCUGGACUGUGCUGGCAUAUUGCAGAACGAGCUGCCACCCCAGGGCCCUCAUCUCAGGCUCUGACUUGCUUCUCGGAGAAGCAUCCAGCUUUUCCUCCAUUUUUAUGUCUUCCAAGGGGACAGCUGAAAGCCAGCUGCCAACUUCUGACCCCACCAUGCAACCCAGCAGCUGGCCAGUGAUGGAUUCUAUUUCUCGAAAGCUGGCUCACCGGGGUGCCUGCAGCCCGGUCAGGAUACCACUUGCUCUGCUGAGUGGACCGCACCCAACAGAGCCAAGCUUGCCGUGAAACAAAUAAAGGAAGCCAUCGAACUGGGAGUGGGUCUGCGGGUUGACUCCAGCUGGCAGUAAAGCCAUUGAACAGGGUCUGGGAGUCCAGGCUGUGCUACCCUGCCCCUCCCCACCCUGCCCCCUGCUCUCUGGCUGGGCCAGGCCAGUGGCCACCAGCAUUCCUAAAGACCUGACCCUGGGGUGACUUGUCCCUCAGCUCUUGACCUCUGCCAAUGAGCUACUUGUUCAUCCUGUCCCUCAGGGCGAAGGAGUACUGUCCUCCAGGUGAUGUCCCCAGGAGAGAGUGGUCCAAAGUCUCUAUAAAAGGGCUCUCCCUGUAAAUCAUUAGCACCCUGGCUGCCCAGGCCCAUCCCAGGGACUGGGAGCCUCAACGGAUGCCACUGUCCAGGUGCUUUGCAACCAAGAAGCCGGGCUCUGGCCCUUUUCCCACCCUAAGAGCCUGUGAUUUCCUUUUCUCCAGCUUAUAGGAGGUUUCUAGAUUUCCCAGGACCUAUUUUUAGCGAGAAAAUGAUGAGGCUUGGGAAGGUGGGGGUAUUCAGGCGAGCUUUGUGAGGUCUCUGGGGCCCCCAGGCCUGCCUCUGUGGCCCCAGCAUCAUUCAGGUUUUCGCGCACAGGUCUGAACAGGGCCUCUGUUGCUAUAAAAAGCAAACUAGCAAAACGAGAAGCCAGAAGAGCCAGUGCUGUGAGGCACUCCUCGUCUAACAGAGCGUUUGAAUAGUUUGGCAAGAAGAAAACCCGCUGUGCCAGCAUCAUGGAGAUGGCCUGCGGCUGGCUGUCUGACCAGAAUCCCAGGACAUCCAUGCUCCAGGGCUGCUCCGCAUCCCAGAUGCCUCAGGCUUUCCCACCACUGGUGCAGCACCGCGUGGUCACCCUCUGUGCAGCCUCCCCGGAUGCUGCCAUGUCUGGAGAACGCUGAGGUCCUCGGGCAUCCCAGAGCCAUUUCGCACUGCCCUUGGCAGGCUGCGGAGGGCACACUCGCUGGGGUCGGAGCAACCCUUUGCCAGGUUUUGCUGGGCCCACCUUUUCAUUUGACAGAGGCUCAUAAUGCCUCACUUCUACCUUUACAACCUUCUGCUUAAAAACAAGGGGUCUUGGGACUUGAACCCUGACCCCUCCAUGUCUAACCAUCCACAGCUGACUCCCUGCCAUCAGCACAGCCUCCUCUGGUUUCCUCGCUGGAAACAAGGGUCUCCCAAAACCCGAUCAGAGAAUUUACCCAAGUACAACUCUAACAAGAGGGUCGGUCAGGUGCGCACUCCAGCGACUCUGAAUCCCAGGCCUGCAGAGGACACGCCGCGUGUUAAGCAGUGACGGCAGCAGCCACCUGCAGAAGCUCCUACCUAGCAAGGUGGGCAGAGGCACUUAAGGAACUGCACAAGGGGGCAUGUCUUCAGCAAUUUUUUAAAGGACUUUUAACACCGUCACUUAAAAAAAAAGAAAAGAAAAUAGAUCAGAUAGCCAAGAGAGGACCUGGCCUGCCUGGAGUUUGUUUCUCUGCUCGUUCAUUUAUUCAUCAACGUUUAGUGAGCAUCUGUCCAGUGCCAGGCACUGCAGGCCCUGGCGACACCAAGGCACUGGGCUGACCGGGCCCCCCCAGCAGGAAGUUUGCCUGUAUUGAAAGAGACAGAAGUGACUUUGACUAUCCAUUAUCCAGUGAGCCUGUCAGGGGCAGGAGCCAAAUUCUGGGGGAGCAGCCAUCAAAGGAACCCAGUGGGGGAUCAGAUGCGCUCUGCCCAAGGGAGGGACCCCUGAAGGGAGAGCUGAAGCAUGUGGGGGUGGCCAGGUGUGGUUCAGACUGAGGAGUGGGGUGUUUGAGGCUGGAGGAAAGCCAGGAGGGCUCUUAGGUUACGCUGGUAACCACUGACUGAUGUUUGCUAUUUGUGAACAACUGUGUACACUUGUUAACAAUGCAGGUUAUGAAACAGAGUGUGUUGUUUGUCAGGAAAGAAUGGCAAAAUCUUGGCAAGAGGCCACAGAUCAAAACUCUUGCUCAAAAGGAGGUGUUUGGAAAUACCUGGCCUCACCUAUCCAGAGGAAUGGAGGCAGGGCCUGCGCUUCCUGGCCCAUCUCCCUAGAAAGCCCUGCAGUCUUCCAAGAGAGGCAGGGAAGAUAAGGAAGGGGGGCGCCUAUGUAGGUGUUUUGAAAGCAGUUGGUAAGGUUUCCCUGCCCCCGAAAUCUCCACACCUGGGUUCAGCUCACCUUCUAAGAGCCCAGAUCAGAGGGGACAUAACUGGGACAAUCACAGCUGCCCAGAGCGGACCUUUAACACCACACCAUGGUGCAGCACUCCACAGUUUGCAAAGCACCUAUAUAUGCAACCCUGAAGGAGACAGGAAUUACAGCCCCAUUUUUCAGGCUGGGAAACUGAGGUUCACAAACAGAAGUGCCUUGGCCAAAGGCUCAGUGUCUAAUGACAGAGGUGGAGCCAGCACCCACCUGUGCUGCCAGCAGGGAAAGAGGGAGCAAGUAGACCCUGCCAGGGAAGGCCAGUUUGGAGCAGGGGACACUGAGAGGGUCAGAGCCAGGGUUCCUGGGGUGAGGGAGGGCCCAGAGUCUGUAGAAAGCUUCUUGGACAUUUGUAGCUCUUGAUCGGAUGUGACAGUGCUGGCCCCACUACACACCUACUGUGUGCCAGGCCCCAGUUAAAACAGGAAGUAUCUUCCUGUUUACAAAUGAAGAGAGCAAGGCUCACAGCAGGAAGAAACUCGUCCCAUCACACAGCAAAGAGGAGGUCAGACGUGAACCUGGAUCCAUCCAUCCAGACAGCAAAGGAGUUUAAUGAACACACUGGGUGGAAGCUUCACAUGUGGUGACUUCAGAGGAGGCCCAUGAGCCAGGCCUGAGCUGAGGGGCCGUCAGGUGACUUCUAUCUUCAGCCACCAGGGAGCGCCAUUGGGCCAUCCAUGCAUUGGUCCUGUGAAGCAUGAACAGGGCUCCCCAGCAUCUGGUUCAUGAAGCCAGGUGAGUUGAGGCUCCAUAGGCUAAGUUCACCAGGCCCAGGCUAUUUAUAGCAGGGCCAUCUGGUGCAGCAGAAAGACGUGGUCCGACCUGCUUCAGAUCCUGGCUCUGCCAUUUGCUGGCUUGCUUUCUAAAACACCUCCGGACCCCAUCUUCCUCGCCACAGCCACUGCGCCGAGUAGGGCCUCCACCUUGAUUAUUAGAAAGGAGUCCAGGAGUCUCCCUGCGCCCACCCCUACACCCUCUUAUCCCCACUCCACAGGACAGCCGGGAAAACCUUUCCAAAGUGAGAAUCUGUUCACACCAGUCCCCGCAUCAGCCCUUCACUGGCUCCCCAUUUCCCCUGGGAAAGGUCAGUCUCAAUUAUGACUUACAAGGCCCUCUGUGACCUGGCCACAGCACCCCCAUUCCAGCUUCACCCAAUGACCGGAACUCACCAAUUCACCAAACUCCUUCCUGCCUCCUUAUCUUUGCUCAUGCUGUAGCCACAGCCCAGGACUCCCUCCCCAGUCCUCUUCUGUGCGCCCUCCCGUCCCCUAGAGGCCUCUUCGGGGAGGCCUUCCCUUGGCCCCUUCCCCACCCAGCCCCUAGCAGGGUUAGAGAUCCUUCUUGAAGCUCUCAGAGCAACAGGACAGGGCUCAUCACACAACAGAAUCACCGUGUGCCUUGUGUCUACCUCCUAUUCAUCCCCUGCCACCAAUUCAGGCUGCGCUCCCCAGACACCCCCAAAAGCCCUACAAAAAAUAACAGACACUAUUGACUGAGCACCUGUGUAGGUCUGCUGCCUGCCUGUGUCAUCUUGUUUAUCUUCACUACAGUGUGGGUAAAAGUGAGGCCUCACACCAGACCUGAGAAGCUCAGGGCUGGCCUGUAGUGUGGGCCUUACAAACUCAGAGACAGAAAGUAACCACAUCAGAUGGUCUGAACAUAAAAAUUCCUAACUAAAAGCACAUAGGUAGUCACAUCCUAAGCCUGUAGCUUCUGUGACAGAGAUCGAUCUCUACUUUAGGUGAGCCUGUCUAUCGUCCAUUUGCAUCUCAAAUAACACAGCUUUGGAAUGUGAGAGUAAUCUCCUUUUCCAGGACCCUCAGCAGACGACCACUGCAGAGCCCCUCAUUGUUCUCUAAUUCCCCAUAUACCAUCUCUAUGUGCUGUUAAUGUUAAUGACCCGGUAUUGUGUACAACUACCCUGAAAAAGAAGUGUGUGUCUCUUCAUUUUACUUUUUAUCCAAUUCCGGAGAUUCCCCCUACUUUGCUUUCUAUCUCCCCUCACCCUUAAUCUACCACCAAUGGAUUUCGUGUAACCCUCCUCACACCUCCUCCUUUGCUUCUAAUGGAUAAAAUAAGCUGCAAAACUUCCAGGCACUGGAGCAUUUUCUCAAUCUGUUGAG